UUGUGCUGUGCCCCUGUCCAGUCGGCCAGUUUCUCUCUCUCUCUCCUUGUCUUUCUGUCUGUCUGCCUGUUUUUCUCUCUGCCGGACCAGGUCUCCUCCACCAUGCUGGUAAAAGCGCUCCUUCAGACCUCGCUGGUCCUAUGGCUGGCACAGCACACACUACAAGGAGGAGUGAAACCUCAAAGUGGUGGCAUGGGGAAAAUGCUACCCAGGGGGGCUGGUGCUCUUGGGAUACAGGGAGGCUACGGAGCCAAGCCCGCCAAAACCGGAGGAGCUGGGGGUGGUCGUUAUCCAGGGGGGGAUCAGCAGCUUGGAGGAGGGGGAUACAGAGGCCCAGGAGGGGCCGGGGGUAGGGGAGGAUAUGGUAACGGAGGCCAGGGAGGCUAUGGUGCUGGUCUGGGAGCAGGAAAUGGCCAAGGAAUGGGGACGGGAGCCGGACUGGGCUCACAGGGUGGGAAACCACGUGGAGGUGGAGGAUACGGUGGUAAUGGCUAUGGCACACAGCCAGGUUACGGAGCUGGAGCUGGAGCCAGAGGCUAUCCACGACCAGGUGCUGGAGCUGGGUAUCCCAAUGGACAGGGAUCUAAGGGACCAAAACCGGGAUAUGGUGCAGGAGCUGGAGUGCCCAAUGGACAGGGUGCUAAACCCAAUGGGUAUGCUGCAGGAGCUGGAGGAGUUCCCACUGGACAGGGUGCUAAACCAUCCAAACAGGGGUAUGGUGCAGGAGCUGGAGUGCCCAAUGGACAGGGUGCUAAGCCCAAUGGAUAUGGUCCAGGAGCUGGAGUUCCCAAAGGCCAGGGAGCCAAAGGCAAUGGCUACGGUGCUGGAGCAGGCAGCUACCCUGGGGCAGGAAACAACGGCUAUGGAGCAGGUGCCAGUCUGGGACAGGGAGGAUACCCCCAGGGUGGAGCAGGUGGAUACCCCCAGGGUGGAGCAGGUGGAUACCCCCAGGGUGGAGCAGGUGGAUACCCACAGGGUGGAGCAGGUGGAUACCCACAGGGUGGAGCAGGUGUAUACUCCCAGGGUGGAGCAGGAGGAUACCCCCAGGGUGGAGCAGGUGUAUACCCCCAGGGUGGAGCAGGAGAAUACCCCCAGGGUGGAGCAGGUGGAUACCCCCAGGGUGGAGCAGGUGGAUACCCCCAGGGUGCAGGAAAACCAGGCAAAGCUGGCGGUGGUGCUAAUCUGGGACAGGGAGGAUAUCCCCAGGGUGGAGCAGGUGGAUACCCCCAGGGUGGAGCAGGAAAAUCAGCGGGUUAUGGUGAUCAAAUGGGAGGAGCAUACCCCGGGGCUGGAGCGGGCAACGGCUAUGGGAAUGGUGGAGGCCCAGCUGGGGGGGGCAAUGCAGUGCCUGCAGGCUAUGGCAAUGGCUACGGUGCUAGUACUGGAGGCAAUGGUUAUGGAGCCGGGAUUGGGUACCCAACAGUGUUAGCGGAUGGUGCUGCUGGGCUGGGAGGCAAGGCAGGGAAGGGAGCAGGAGGGGGAGGAGUCAGUCAGCUUCCUUACAAUGGAGCCCCAGUCAAUACUGCUGGACUGGAUGCAGGUGAUGGAAGCUUCCCUUAUGGUGCUCAGCAACUGGGCCUUGGUGGUGAUGGAGGCAAAUCAUCUGGCAAAUAUGGCAACGGUGGAUUGCCACAGGGUGCACAACAGGGUGCACAGCCUUAUGGACCUGCGACUGGUGGUGUGAAACCACCUUGCAAAAAUGGAAACGGAGGGGGCUUUGGAGCACAGCCAGCAGGCUAUGGUCAAGGACAGCUGGGUGCAGGUCAGAGUGCCCCCUACAGUAACGGACCAGGAGGGAAGGAAAGCAAAUAUGGUGGUGGUGGACUGACUGGAUUCUUUGGAAAUGGAGGGUACAAAGGUUAAGUUAAUCAGCUGAGGCCUUCUUGAAGUGAAUAUUUGUUCCGUUCCGUCAUGUGUUCAUGGUGAUGUUUGUUGUUUGGUCUGUUGUUACAUUUAGCUAUUCCAUUUUUGUUCUGUAUUUGUCUGGUUUUUUGUUCAUGGUCCUUGUCUUUUGUGUUGUUGUGUGUCUGUCCCCUCUCUUCCUCUACUGGCUUUGGAGAUUGUGUUGCCAGUGUGUUUGUGUUCAUAUCCAUUUCACACAAAAGGGCAGAAAGCAACCGUAUAAUGUCUGUCAGUCUCCUCAUUCUUUUAUCCUUCGCAAAAGUAUGGCAAAUGUACUGUACAUGUGAUGUGGGGAUUGAGUUUUAAGACUGAGGCUCUAUGAGUUUAAAUCAACACCAAAUAAAUCAAACAUUUAAAGACCUGUUCCCAAAACCUG